CACAGUUCAACUUGCACUAUACUUUCUCUGGAUUCUUUUUCUGCGAGCUUCCUCUUUUUCUCUCUCCAAGCACUCUGAAAGAUCAAAAUCAGAAUCAUCCCUCCCUUGUGAGUUCUUUCGCCUUCCGGAGAGCUCUGUCUGCAACUUCUCCAAUGGCUUCUGCCGUCAAGAGUGUCGAAAAGAUCCGCCAAAUCGUGCGUUUGAAGCAGGUAAUGCAGCGAUGGAAGACCAUGAGUGUGAGUCUCAGACCGCGGUCCAUACGCUCCUUCUCCGACUCCGAUUCCGACUGCACCUCCGGGUCGAUCCGGCGCACCCCCUCCGGGUUCCUGGCCGUCUAUGUAGGCGCGGACCGCCGGCGGUUCGUGAUCCCAACCCGGCUCCUGAACCUGCCGAUCUUCGUGGCUCUGUUGAACAAGGCGGAGGAGGAGUUCGGGCUUCGAUCGAGCGGAGGCCUGGUUUUACCCUGUGAAGUGGGGUUUUUCAAAGAAGUACUAAGGUUUUUGGAGAAGGAUGAGGCGAAAUACGGUGGGUUGGGGUUGGAUGAGUUUGUGAAGAUGGUUUCCGAAGUGGGUUUUGAUUCCUGUAGAGAGACAAGGAAUGUGGUGAAUGGGUUUACUCCUCUCCUGCAGAAAGCUAGGGUUUGACAACGGAGUUCCGUUAGGGUUUUCAGGGUUGUUUCUUAUUUUUUUUAUUUUGAUUCUUUUGGAUUUUAGGGUUUUGUAAAUGUGGGGGGUGUUCGGUGGGGGGGUUUUUGGUUCUGACCAUCCUUGGACCUAAGUCUUUAAUGGCGGAUUCAUGGGUUCCAAUGAGAUGUUGUUGAACUUUUCCUUUUCUUUUUCUCUUUCAAAAGGUUUUUUUCAGUGGUAUUUUGUAACGCCUAAUCUGAUGCAAAUGCUAAUGACGAUGAAAAUUUCCAUGGUUAA